UUUAAAUCGUUUAGAGGCGGGCAUCUAAUACAUUCUACGUCUAGCUCUAAUACAAUAUGUCAUGUGAUUAUUCUGUACAUUUAACUUCGGCAUUGAAAAAGAUGACUUUUCACCGCAAAAUAGAUCAUGUAUAACGGAAUCCGCUCAUCCAGCAGCGUGGAUGUUCUCACUGACGACCACCAGUUACGCUAUGGACGCGUCGUGGAUGUGACGGACAAGGGGCUGCAUAUCGAUUUUCUCCAUCGUGACCAACGCCGCGAAUUCAUCCCGUUCCACCGCGUGUUCCGCUGCAGCACGACACCACCUUUAGACGCAGAACAUCUUGCCACAGCCUAUGCCGAAACAUCUUCAUCUGUUCCCGUGGAAGUGCUGCAACGGAAAAUUCCCUCCGGUGCGUGGACAUGGUGUCCCGCUGAUAUCAUUAAUCUGCCUGGCGGUACACGUCACAACGCAUACGGUGUGGCCAUCGUUAAAGGGGGAAAGGACGGGGAGUGUAUGGAUAUUGUCCCCGUUGAGCGGCUGCGGUGGAGAGUGGGGAGCGGUUGGUGGGCGCAGCAUGGUCGUCCGGCAUCGCUUUCUAACGAAGUUAUGCGGCAUUUAAGUACAUGGCCAUCGAGUGUUCUGAAGGGCACGUUCGCCAAACGUUGUAUUAAAGCGCCUACAAGCUCUGUACCGGCGGAACAUUUGCUAAAGAUUCUGAAUAGUAGCACGUCCGUGCCCUUUGUGGAAGUGGUCACCGGAUAUGUGUGGUACAUACAACUCGAAGACUUGCGUUGGGCGGAUCCGCCUUUGGCGAAAUUGCAAAAGGAAUUUCUUGAUUCCGUUCCGCGUAUGAUUUGCGAGCUGACGACACCGUUGGUCGACUGUGGUGUCAAUGAGGAACUAAACGCCCUGCCGACGGAAUUGUGGCGCGAGACGUUUUCCCAUCUCGGGACCUGCACACAAAACCGGCUCCGUCUGGUCUGCGCCACGUGGGACUUGAUUGUGGAUUCGCCGUCGUUGACUGCUAACAUUGUCGUCAGCAGCGCCGAAUUCGAUGCGAAACAACCCGACCGGUUCGUUUACUAUUUGACGGCGCCUAUUUUCAAAUGUCUCCGCCCAUCCUCACAGCGCCUCAUUGUAUGCGAUCGACGGCGGUUACUAGCGGACACCGAUGUGUUUAAAGUGCUGGAUAUGUUGCAGUAUGUCGGACAGGAAACCAGCAAUUGCGUUCGACUGAAAGCACUGUAUUUGGUGGGUGUUCAUUGCCGGCUGCGAAUCGGUGCAGCGCGGUAUGAUGCCUGUGAAAUUCAUCAGCCUGGGACAGCAGCGCCGACGGCGGUGUAUGUUGAUGGUAACCGCAGCUUUUUCCGGCUCGACUACUUCAUUACAUCGUGCCGCCAAAUUGCGUGUGAUUACAUCAACUUUGUGAACUGUUCUGUGCAUCUUGAUUAUACCUUUUUCGAUGAUAAAACAGUAUAUCUGCACCUCAAAACCAACAUCCAUACGGCUGGCAUGAAGGUGGAUAGCGAUUUCGGGUGUGCCAUGUGGAGUGCGUUGGAAGCUGGUUUGCCGGUGUCGACAAGCACCGAACCCCCCCGGCUUGCUUCGUGGUUAACUGUAGUCAACGGCCUAGCAGCGAAAUUCGGCACGGACUUUUAUGACCGGGAAAUGUGCAAGAUGUUGUGUGUCAGCCACACAGCAGAUCCGCGUCCUUCCUUACAUUACCGCGAGAAACGGUGGUGCGUUGAUGGCUGGAAGGAGAUGCAGCUGAAGAACCUGUCGCGUGUUGCUUUGUGUUUCAUUUCCGCAAUGCAGAACAAUUUCCUCUCCGAAGUCGUCCAACAUAUCCGUGUCAGGCCAGGACACCAGUAAUUCUCGAAGUCUGAUUCGGAUUCGGAGGACUAGUAAAAUAUCGGCUGUGAAUUGGUGUAUGUGUCCUAGUUGUGCAUUUUAAGUACCAUAUUUCGCCAAUAACCAGCACGAGUACAUCUUAUGGCAUGUCAUUCUUCGUGGAGCCGUACAAAUAAGACCACCAAUGUUGCAGUAAUGAUUAUGACAUUUUCAUUGGCAUGCCAGCUGGAGCGGAAACAUCUGAAUGUAUAGUUGUACGAAUGGUUCACCUUUUAUCUAAGAACUUUCUAGGUUCUUAAUCAAAAGUUUUUUGUACGUAUGCGAUGGCGAUGUGGCAAGCUUUUGUUAAUGUUUAAUCACAUGAGCGAUUUUGAAGCAGUUCGUUAUCAGUAGUAAAGUCUGUAAUCCACUCCGCUAGCAGUAGCUGAAAAGUUGCCAUUGCAUGAAUUGUCCUGUAAACAAUUUA